UGCGGGCUGCGCGCUGCAUAAUUGAUGGAGGGCUGGGCGCAGUUCUGGGUCGGUCACCGGCGCUGCGAGUGUCUUGGGGUAGGAGGGCAAGAAGGUCGGCCCCUCCCACUCCGCCUUUUCUCAAGUGUCCUGCUCCGACUCCUGGCAGCCGGCUAGUGUGCAGAGCGACUCCAGGCACCGACGGCGGUGCGCGAGGACCGCGCAGACCCGCGGGCGCCAUGCGCUCUCUCCCUGGCCUGCGAGGGCCCCAGGCACCUUCCCUGCCGCUGCUCCUCCUGGGCCUCCUGGCCGCUGUGCGUCGGAGCUUGGAGGACGGCCAUCCGUCAGCUUCACCUUUUACAAGUCCACCUAUUCAGGAAGAAAUGAUGACAAAAUACUCGAACCUUUCCCUGGAGAGUCAUAACAUAUCUCUGACUGAACAUUCCAAUAAGCCAGUAGAAAAAAAUAUCACUUUAGAAAGACCUUCUAAUAUAGAACUCACAUGCCAAUUCACAACAUCUAGGGAUCUGAAUUCAGUAAAUGUGACUUGGAAAAAAGAUGAUGAACUACUUAAGAAUAAUUAUCUCAUCAAUGUAACAGGAAGGCUCCUGUAUACCCAAUACAUGUUCACCAUUGUUAACAGCAAGCAAAUGGGAAGUUACUCUUGUUUCUUUGAAGAGAAAAAGGAACAAAGGGGCACAUUUAAUUUCAAAGUUCCUCAACUUAAUGGAAAAAACAAACCAUUGAUCACAUAUGUCGGGGAUUCAGUUGUCUUAAUGUGUAAAUGUAAAGACUGUUUGCCUUUAAACUGGACCUGGUACAGCAGUAAUGGGAGUGUACAGGUUCCUGUUGGUGUUCAAACAAACGAUAAGUAUGUGAUCAAUGGAAAAAACGCUAAUGAAACAAGGCUCAAGAUAAUGCAACUUUCAGAGGAAGAUCAGGGAUCCUACUGGUGCCAUGCAAUAUUCCAAUUAGGCGAGAGUGAAGAACACAUUGAACUUGUCGUGCUGAGUUAUUUGGUACCCCUCAAAGCAUUUCUUGCAAUAGCUGCUGAGGUUGUUCUUUUAGUGGCUAUUAUUCUACUUUGUGAAAUGUAUACCCAAAAGAGAAAGAAGCCAUCAGAUGAUGGGAAAGAAUUUGAACAAAUUGAACAGCUGAAAUCCGAUGAUAGCAAUGGUAUAGAAAAUAAUGCCACCAGGCACAGAAAGAAUGAAUCUGUGAGCCAGUGAAUGCGAAACAUCAUGUCAAGAGCCAUGGAGCCAUGGGAAGAUGUACAAAGAGUCUGGAUUUCAGCUUUGUUUAUGCUUCCUGUUAAGAACACCCAGAAUUUUUUUUUUUAAAAGAUAAUAAGUUUAUGCAAAAUGCUCAGCAGUAGCUUUGUAAAUAAUAAUAUGCUAUUUCAGAUCUAAAGAUGUAUUUUCAUUCUGUAAUUAUUUUACAUUAAAGCAAGGUAAAUUGUAUUAAAUAUGUUCUAUGAGCUGUAACCCAGGAUAACUAAUUUUAUUCUGGUUCUCAAGGGACACAAAGAACAGACACCAGCAAAACUAAAUAGUACACAGAACUACUGUCACUUAAGACCUGUUAAUAACCAAAGAAUUCAUUAAAGACUAAGCUUUU